CCAUGAUGCCCGGCUUGCGGGCGCUGCCCGCCCGCCCGCAUGGACACCGCCGCCCGUAGCGGGGCCGCAGCUCGGGGAUUAUAAAGUUUUCAACGGUGCCUCCUCAAGAAGUGUGAUGAGAAAUGGCUUUGGGAAACAACACCCAGAGAAGUUACUCCAUCAUCCCCUGCUUCAUCUUUGUUGAGCUUGUCAUCAUGGCUGGGACUGUUCUGCUUGCCUACUAUUUCGAGUGCACCGAUACUUUUCAGGUGCAUAUCCAAGGUUUCUUCUGUCAGGAUGGCAAUUUGAUGAAACCAUACCCUGGAACAGAGGAUGAGAGCUUCAUUUCACCUCUGAUGCUCUACUGUGUGCUGGCUUCGACUCCGACAGCUAUUAUUUUUAUUGGGGAGAUAUCCAUGUAUUUCAUAAAGUCAACCAGAGAAGCCCUAAUUAUCCAAGAGAAAACUAUUUUGACUGGAGAGUGCUGUUACCUGAACCCACUGCUUCGAAGAAUCAUACGUUUUAUAGGAGUGUUUGCAUUUGGACUUUUUGCCACUGACAUAUUUGUAAAUGCUGGCCAGGUUGUGACUGGGAACUUGGCUCCAUACUUCCUGACUGUGUGUAAACCCAACUACACUGGAAAUGACUGUCGGACCCACCACCAGUUCAUCAGCAAUGGCAACAUCUGCACUGGGGAUGUGGAGGUGAUUGAAAAGGCCAGGAGAUCCUUUCCAUCCAAACAUGCUGCUUUAAGCAUCUACUCAGCUUUAUAUGCCACGAUGUACAUCACAAGCACAAUUAAAACAAAGAGCAGCAGGCUAGCCAAACCUGUCUUGUGCCUGGGCACCCUGUGUGCUGCAUUCCUCACCGGGCUGAAUCGAGUUUCCGAGUAUCGAAACCAUUGUUCAGAUGUGAUCGCAGGCUUCAUCCUGGGAAGUGCAGUCGCCUUGUUUCUGGGGAUAUGUGUUGUCCAUAACUUUAAGGGCACCCAUGGAGCUCCUUCUAAACCGAAGCCUGAAGACCCACGAGGAAUGCCAUUAAUGGCUUUUCCAAGAGUUGAAAGUCCUCUGGAGACACUGAGUGCACAGAAUCACUCUGCCUCUAUGACUGAAGUGACUUGAGAUGGAAGACUGGCAGCAGAAGCUAUUUUUUAUUACCCUCCAGUACAAUACUUCAAGACACACAGUUACUAAGUGUCAGACUGUGAUGAUCAGUAUUAUGUUAUGUCUAGUUAGAAGCUAAUGUUUUGUACAUUUUUUUGUAUGAGGAAGUGAUGUAGCUUGCCCUGAUUUUUUGUCAGCUUUAAUAUUAUUAUGCCAGAAUUUAAAAUCAAAAUAGAAAAAGAAAAAAAAAAGAAAAAAAAAAAAAACCCAAACCUUUUCUUGUUUAAAGUGUGCACUGAGGAAUUACAUCUAUGGAAUUGUUGGUGUUGUUAUGUGAUAUUUGUACACGGGUUUUUUUCAUUUUUGAAUUAAUAUAUCUUGAGAAAAAAUUCACUUUUACCUUUUCUUACCAUAACAAAGUGCUUCAACCAGCAGGUCAGAUUCUGAUCUUGGUAAGUUCUGAAGUAAUUACAUAUAUUUAACUCAGAUGAAAAUAAUGGUGAUCAGAAAUCUAACCCAAACUAACAAGUAGUAAACAUCCAGCCUUGAUUCAGUGAGCUACUUAAGCAAGCCUUAGCAUCACAGACUUCAGCUAGCUGUGCAGCUUCCAAACUUGGCAGAUCUGAUGUAUGCUUAAGUAUCUGACUGAAUCAGAGCCUGGUUGUUCUGGUGUGAGUGAUUGUGCUAGUUAUUGAAGAAUAACUAAAGUGGCGUAUCCAGUCUGUAAUAUAGACAGACUGGACAUGAAAAUUUAUAGUAGUAGCUGAUAGCAUGUGAGCUGACUAUAUCAUGUCCCUAGAUCCUCCCCUAGGCCCAGCCUAAGCUCCCAGUGGAACCUGGCUUCAGGAACUGACUAUGGGGAUAUACAGCCAUCACUGUGGAGCGGAGGCUGUGCUGUAAGUGUGUCAUAACUUCAUCCUAGAUUUAUGAGGUAACACUGAUACAAGGGAAAGGUGAUGCCACAUCUUCUGUGAAGUGGCAUUACUGAGUAUUCAGAUUGGCCUCAGCAUUGAGCCAGUUGUGCCCUGACAAUGUUGUUUUCACUGAGGGGCUUUGGUAAGUUUAAAAAAAUAAAAUAAAAAAUUUGAAUACCUAAACUGACACAGUCUGUAGUAGCAGUCUGCAUUUUUGUAAAUACUGCCAUGCAGAAUUUCUAUCUGUACAGCUAUCUCAAAAUUCGGCAACACUCUUUAAGGAAUAAAGAGAUAAUUGGGGGUUGGGGAGGCAGGGGGAGAUCAAAAAGAAUGCAUAUAUCAUGGUGAGAGCUGGGGCAAAGGCUUCAUUACAUGAUGUCUCACUGUUUCUAGGCUUUUCCUGCAUCUCAUCCUUGUAGCAUGGUGAUAACUGCUGUGUGUCUCCUUUAAAGAAUGGAGCCUCUGUCUGUACUUUUACUGGAAUGUUUACCUCACAUUUCCAUUUUGGUUCUUCGCUUUUUUUUGUAUAUUUUUUUCCAAAACAGA